UCAUGGUAGAAUGUACUGAACUUAAAAAGGUGAGGUCCUCUCACCUCUCACUUGAUGGGUACAGUAGGACUAUGAAGGUGUUGAGGACAAUGAGGUUCAAUUCCUCUUUAGUGACCGUAUGUUUCUGUUUGACAGCUCUCUGUGUUGUGGAGUCAGCCAUCACUAAGGCGACUGGAGUUGUUGGGGGAAAGGUCACAAUUCAGUGCUCAUAUGCAGAUAAAUGGUAUGGAAAAAGCAAUGACAAGUACUUCUGUGGGAAGAAAUGUGACAGUUACAACGACGUUCUGGUUCAAACUCAGAAGAACAAGAACUAUAUUGAGAGAGGAAGAUACGCCAUACAUGACUAUAGAGAUGGAGACUUCACUGUUACCAUCAAGAACCUGAUGAAGUCAGACUCUGGGACCUACUGGUGUAAAGUGGAGAGAUUUGGACUAGACUCAUUCCAAGAGGUGCAGCUCAUAGUUACAGAUGCAUCUAAACACUCCAACCAGGAACAAGACACAGGAACCAUCGCUAACCCCAUCUACUUCACAGCAACCAAUCAGAAGACAGAUACAGCCUGUGAUAUCACCACCAUCUAUGCCACAGCAACCAAUAAGAAUCCAGAUACAGCCCGUGACUUCACCACCAUCGAUGCCACGGCAACCAAUCCUUGUGCAGAUGACAUCUACUCCAACGUUGGUCCGUCUACAGAGGUUCCAGACAAAGGAAACGACUUCAAGGUGAUCAUCAGACAACUGACUAAACAAGAUGAAGGGACCUACUGGUGUGGAGUGGACAAACCUAAUGCAAUUGACAGUUACACCAAGGUAGAGCUGGAUGUGAAGACUGAUGACUGCUGUGAGAAGUCAGUCACAGAGACGGUCUAUCUGGGAGGAGAAGCUACCAUCAGCUGCAACUAUCCAGAGGACUGCGAGGACAGCACCAAGCAUUUCUGCAAGGAGCACGAUUUUUUCAUCUGCAAUUCCAUGAACUCCAACAACAACAAAAUGUAUGACAACAGAACAGAGAAAUUCUACUCAGUGACCAUCAGUGACCUGACAGAAGAUGAUACUGGGACCUACUGGUGUGGAGUAGAAACAGGAAAGAGAAAGGAAAGUUACAUCGCACUGAUCACACAGGUGAAGCUACGUGUUAUAAGUACCUCAGUGGUCAUCAUGGUGUCUGUUAGUCUGGUAGUGUUGCUGCUGGUGAUCAGCCUGAUUAUAGUCUACAGAUGGAAAUACAACAAGGCCACAGGAUCUGUCUCUUCAACACACACAGUGAGCCCAGACAAAGGGAACAACGAAGGGGGUUGUCAUGGUGACGGUGACUAUGAGGCGAUAAAGGAGCGCCCCCUACAGUCAGACUCAGACGCUGCGCCCACCACCAUCUACACCACCGCCAACUUACCCACAAGCCACUCUGACUCUCCCCACUACACCAGCGUCAACUUCCACCAGAACCCCAGCAGCCCCAACGAAGCCAGAGUCACCAUCACUAAAGAGGGGACUUCAUCAUGUGACUAUGCUACUGUGAACUUUGGUCAAAGCCCCGCCUACUCUACUGUCAAUCAUCCACACAGCUCCUCUGAGGCUCAUCCCAUCUACUCCACAGUCAGCAAACCCAGACACACCUGAGUCACUGGUGUCCAAUCACAAGAGACAUACACACACUGGCAACCAAUCAAAAGAGACAUACACACACUGGCAACCCCAGGCCUUUUCUCAAUUAGAUAUGCUCUACUUCUGUGUCCUCUCUCACCUCCUUUUGAAAAAUGGCAAAGGAGCGGACAGGCAGCGAGGAGAGUGAACGUGGACGAACAUGAGCUUGUAUGAAAUGAGAAGCUCCUUCUCCACUCGCCCAUCAGGCAAAUUACAUUUCAAAUGACCUUUUCCUGAUAGGUGGAUCCCCAAAUUAAUGUGUAAAGUGAUAAAAACAAAUUAAGCUAGUUGUGCAAGACAUUUUAUAGAUAAAAGGAUAAGUAGCAUAUCGUUUUUCAAUGUGUGCAUGUUUUCUCCUCCGACAAUACAACAGCUGAUUCAAAGGGGGUGUGGCAGAUAUCAAAACUUUUCCGUAGCAAGAUACUCUUGUGUUUAUUCGCCAAAAGGAGGAAGGGGGGACCGCCUUCUGUAUAUAUCAUCAAAUU